AACACUAGCAUGUUGUCUGCUUCCUGGACGUCAUGGCCUAACCUCUUCUGCAUCCAUUUAUUAUUGUGUGCAACUGGAGCGGUGUCAGAAAAAUUCCAGCUGGCGCCGCUGAAUUCAACAGUGCUACAAGGCUCCGAUGUGCGAUUCAACGCCACUGUGCAGGGAGUAAUGCAGAUCAUGACCUGGACUGUCCGAGGGAAUCUGGUCCUCACUGUUGCCAACAGUAGCGUAACCACAUCCUCAAAUCAGUUUUCGGCCAGAAUCUACUCCAGUGGUGACAUCAACUGUGUGGAGUUCACCAUCCAUAAGGUCACCUGCAGGGAGUCCGGCCCGGUCGUCUGCGCUGUGCUGGGGGAGUAUGGAUCAAAGACAGCACAGCUUUAUGUACAAGGUAAUGUCACCACAUACCAGGCUGCAGUUACACUAACAGAACCACAAUCCAGCUCUGUCUUCUUGGUGGUUGUUCCCAAGCCAACGGACUGGACCGUGCUGAUAGCUGUGGUUGUGUCCAUUGGAGGUUUUGCUCUGCUGGUUUUGCUCAUCCUCGGAAUCAUCUUCUGCUACAAACGCAGGAAAGAAAAACAACUUAACUACCAAGAUGAAAUGAGCAGGAGAGCGAGGACCCAGAGCCAGAUAAGUGGUGUCAAUGCAGCUGGGCAGAGACAGGGUCAAGUGAAUACAGGAUAUGUGCCAGAGGGUCAAACAAGUGUCGCUCCCAGUGAACUCACUGACAGUGGCUUUGGCCAAGCAAAUGGCUCCAGUGUUUUUGAGAUGCAUGGUGUUGUGACCAGUAACCAGGCAGUAAAUAGCUACAGUGGUGCUGACAACACUGUGGACAAAUCAGGCUUCAAGAAACACAGACAUGUCACCAUUGUGUAAGGACAGACAGAGGACCAGGACGUCUGCAAAUGUUUAUGAGUUUGAGUUUAUGAGUCAAACUUGCACAGCACCUUCAAAGUCUUACUGCUUUGGCUUCUAAAGACUGGGAAAUUGUGGGGAAAAGUACUAAUUCUGUCCCCACCAAAAACUGAUGUACUGUUGGCAGGGGACACGUAUUUUGUUCACUGCAGGAAUUUAGCUAUAUCAGCAGAAUAUAAACUAUUUUAAAUCAUAGGAAAUAUGUUAAAAACACAUUUAAAAUUGCAAAACAACUGUGUGUGCUACGGUAACAACUUGCAGUAGCAGGAUCAACACAUAGUGAGCACAAUUAACAACCAAACGUGAAACAACUGGAGCAGGAAUUGAAACGUUAAUUCUUUGGUUGAUCUCCAGAGGAUAUUUGUUAGUUGAAUAACUAUGUUUAUCUAAGCCAUAUUUUUUUGAGGCAUCAUGUAAUUAAAAUUAAAUAUUCAAAAGGUA